AUGAAAAAAUCACUUAUUUAUGCAGGUAUUGAAGGAGGAGCUACAACCUUUAAAAUAAUGAUUAUGAAUGAAAAUGGUAAUAUUUUAGGGCAAUGGGAAAAAGAUGGUUUUAAUUUUGCUAUAAUUGGGAUUCAAAAAACAGCAGAACGUGUCUCUUCUUAUAUUGAGGACAUUAAAAAAGAAAAUAAUUUAUGUUUUUCAUUUGCUGCACUUGGUUUAGGCUUAGCGGGAGCUGAAGAUAAUGAUGUUAAUGAUAAAUUAGUUAAAUAUUUUACAGAAAAUUAUUCACAUUUAGCUAGUUAUUUUUAUGAAAGUGGUAUUGUUUUAAUAUCUGGAACAGGAUCAAGUUGUCGUUUGUUAAAAGAAAAUGGAAAAAUUCAUUAUGUUGGUGGUUGGGGACAUAUAAUAUCAGAUGGAGGAAGUGCUAUUUGGCUUUCUAUAAAAGCAAUUAAACUUUUAUUUGAUUUAGAAGAUGGUUUAAUAGAAGUACCUUAUUCUCAUGAGACAUUAAAAAAAACUAUUCUUAAUCAUUUUGAGGUAAAUAAUCAUGUCAAAUUAAUAGAUGUUAUAUAUGGAGUUAACUUUAAUAAAGCUAAUAUUGCUUCUCUUUGUAAAGUACUAGCAUUAAAUGUUUCAAAUGAUCCACUUAUUGAGAAAAUAUUUUUUGAAUGUGGUGAAGAACUUGGAAAACAUUUAGUUGCAAUAAUAAAAAAUGUAGAUGAAGAAAUGCUUAAUAAUGUUCCAGUUUUGAUUGUAGGUUCUAUGUUUAAAAGCUGGAAUUUUAUUAAAAAAGGUUUUUGGUCAAUAAUUGAAAAUAACCAAAAGACAUAUGGAUAUAAAAAGAUAACCUUAUAUCAACAAAAUGCAUCUCCAGCUAUUGGAGCAAUUCGUUUAGCAACUAAAUAUGCAGGCUUAAAAUUUGAAAAUGAAAUACCAUCAAAAAUUUUUGACGAGUAUAUUUUUUAA